AAAAAGAAUUUAGACAAGGUAGCCAAACAAUGUGGCCAAAAUAAGCCGUUCAUCGUAACGGGAGAGCUAACUAAUGAGAGCGAUGUGAAAAAUAUUAUUGAUUCGACGAUCAGGCACUACGGCAAAUUAGACAUUUUAAUAAAUAACGCUGGAAUUUUUGAAAUGGAUGGUAUAGAGACUAUAAGUUUGAAGCAGUACGAUAAUAUUUUCAACGUAAAUGUUCGCUCGAUGUAUCAAUUAACAGCACUGGCGGUGCCGCACUUGAUCAAAACGAAGGGCAACAUUGUAAACGUUUCUAGCUUGGCUGGAUUACGAGCUUUCCCGAAUGGUUUGUCAUACUGUAUGAGUAAGGCGGCCGUGGAUCAAUUUACGCGUUGCGUCGCUUUAGAAUUGGGAUCGCAACAGGUGCGCGUGAAUGCUGUGAAUCCUGGCGUUGUAGUAACAAACAUCUUUCAGCGGAGUGGAAUGAGCGAAGAUCAGAUUAAGAGCUUACUGGAGGAUAGCAAAACCACGCAUGCUCUAGGAAGAGCGGGCGACACUUUCGAAGUUGCAAGGACCAUUGCAUUUCUAGCGAGCGACGAUGCGAGCUUCAUAACAGGGGUGACAUUACCUGUGGAUGGAGGUAGACACGCCAUGUGUCCUUGCUAAAUAUUUUACGUCGUUUGUACAAAUGAUGUACGUUAUAUUUUUUAUGUUACCGUCAAAACCCAUAAUCGUUAAAACCCGAUUUUAUUAGUUAAAAUUAGUUUUAAAUAUUAUUGAAACAAAGUCUACAAUUA